CUGAAAUUAAGACCCUACUACUCCACUUUAGAAACAACGUAUAUAUGAGUAUGUGAGAUGGCAAAGCAGUUUAAAAAACCAGUCUUUCAAUAUAAUGAACAUUAAAUCGUACUAUAUUGUACCCAUAAAUUGAAAUUUUGACACAGACCGACAUAUACACACAUUUACUCAGUGAUACAAUUGAAACGAGUAAUGUCAGGUUACUGUCCAGUGUCACCCUAUACAAUUGCAUCAGCCUUUGCGGACCAGUAAAGUAAAGGAGUUAAUAUAAGCUUUUCUUCUUCUUCUUUCUGACUCCCAACAGUCAACAGAUCAUUUGGUACAAAAUCAUUCUUAAGUUAUUUUUGUGUAUAGAAGCAGGCAGCAGUUGGUUUACAAGAUGAACCAAGAAAUGAGUGGCGUUAUAGUUGACGAUCAGAAGCAACAGCAAGAAAUGAAAGGUUUGAAUGGGGGUGUUCAUGAGGAUAUUAAGAUAGACUAUGUGUUUAAGAUUGUGGUAAUAGGGGACUCUGCUGUUGGGAAAACUCAGGUACUUUCCAGGUUUGCUAAGAAUGAGUUCUGUUUUGACUCCAAAUCUACCAUUGGUGUAGAGUUUCAGACUAGGACUGUCUCCAUUCAGUCCAAAGUCAUCAAAGCCCAGAUCUGGGACACUGCUGGCCAAGAAAGGUACAGAGCAGUGACAAGUGCAUACUACAGAGGAGCACUAGGAGCUAUGUUAGUUUACGACAUAACAAAGAGACAGAGCUUCGAUCAUGUAGCUAGAUGGGUUGAUGAACUCAGGGCUCAUGCCGAUAGUUCUAUUGUGAUCACAUUGAUUGGUAACAAAGCCGAUCUAGUCGAUUUGAGGGCAGUUCCAACCGAAGAUGCAGUCGAAUUUGCAGAGAGGCAAGGGCUAUUUUUCUCUGAGACAUCAGCUCUUAGCGGCCACAAUGUAGAGUCAGCAUUCUUGAAACUAUUGGAAGAAAUAUAUAAAGUGGUGUCAAGGAAGACUUUGUUGAUAGGUUCUGCUGCUAAUGGAAAUCACAUCAAAGAAACCAAUAAUGGGUUGCUUAAAGGGUUGAAGAUUGAUGUUAUUUCUGGUUCUGAUUUUGAAGUUAGCGAGAUGAAGAAAAUAUCUUCUUGCUCUUGCUAAUCUUACUAGCUUUGGGGUGUUAUUUAAACAAAAGGAAACAACGGAGAGAUAUAAAUAUGAUAAGUGUGUCAAACAUGUGCUUGUAUAUGGAAAUCUAUUGCUCCCUCUUGGCUUUGUAGCGAAUGAUUAGAUUAUUUGGGAAUGUGGAGUGGUUUGUGAUCAAUUUAUUUGUAUGCAGUUGAUUCUCUACUGAA